GGAUGUUACAGUUUGCGUUUUUCGUCAUUUCUCCACUCGCCACCAAAAUGGCGUUGCGCAUGGUUUUCUCCUCUGUGCUGCGAACGGGCACAGAUAUAGGGGUCAGCAAUGCCAAGACAUUUGGAACCGCAGGUACGAUGUUAUUGAUGACAGAAUUAUGGUGCCAAAUUGAGGAAUUAUUAGAAUGGCGAGCCUGUCGCAAGCGAACACCGAAAGCAAGGUUGCAGAGCAUAGCUGGCUAGUGGCUACUCCCUGCUUAUGUCUUAUAACGUUACUUGCAUAUCAUAUUUAUUGUGGUAAUAUGUGUUUGUGAAUUUCAGCAAUUUUAUGCCGACGGUCUGCUCCAUUGGGACCAAUGCCAAAUGAGGACAUAGACUACAAAAACUUGGAAUCACUCGAAAAGUAUCGCAGCUACACACGCUACCUCAAGAAAGCUGAGGAGGCGAAGAACACACCGGCCUGGUGGAAGACCUACAGACAGUAUCAGGAGCAAGAGGACCUUGGGCAUGGUGCGCAGUAUUUUCUUAUACACUGAUACAAUAACGUUACCUAAUGUGCCCUCCUUCUACAGUAUGUUUACUUCGGCUCUGCCAAGAGGUCUGGACCUUGCUUUAUGGCACUGGAGGUAGUGCAUUUGUCCAGCAUCUGCAGCCGAGUUACUGGUUCAAGUAGUGUUAUCAGCCCAGUUUUAGAAGAUUUAAAAUAUAAAGAUGAAUGUCAACCUACACAGUAUACAUUUGAACCCUUUAUUGUCUGGCAUGCUCAGUCUUCUCUCCUGUGUGUCAUUCUGUUCCAGAUGUGGAGCGAGUCAACAUCGGGCUGCCACAUUGUCGGCCCUCCAGGGUGAAGGAAGCGAGGGAGCGGAAGAGGGUUGUGAAGGAGAACAGACGUAGUAUAGAGCUGGAGAGAGCCACACGUCUGCGCACCUGUAAGUUCCCCCAGCUAGGCCUGCUAUUACUGAAUACCAGGCCCCUACAUACAGGAGAAGCUUGAUGAACCAGACAUAUUAGCUUAAUUUCAAAGACCGUAACAGUUCAUCUUGAUUAUUAUGGAUGUUGGUCUUUGUUGUUUUUCCAGUUAAGAUCUCCCUGGAUCGGGUGCAGGCAGGCUGGGAGGAGACGAGCGGCCCAUACCACGUCCAGAGGCUAGCGGAUCACUAUGGGAUCUUCAAGGAUCUGUUCCCCAUGGCCUACUUCUACCCCCGCACCACACUGUGCGUCAGCUACGACCAGGACAGUCCCGCACAAGUACAUUAUGGGAACCACUUGACCCCCACAGAGGUAAGAGAAACGGAUCGUAGGGGGAUGCAGUAGUUUUCAGAACCGAUUUAGCGACAGAUCGUAUCUUUGUUCAGACACUUGUGUUCUCCUAUUUCACCUCCCCGCCUCUGUGUUUAACAGGCUGCUGUGGCGCCUCAGGUCAGUUUUGAGGCGGAGGAGGGCUCCAUGUGGACACUGCUGCUCACCAGCCCAGGUCAGACACACACACACACACCCCAUCAGAAAAUACCAAGAAUUUUGUAAUCCAGUUAACAUGUCCACAUGGUGGCACUGUAUGACUAAAGAAACAUUUACUUCAUGUUUUGUGUGUAAACCAAUGAUUUAUUUGUUUCAGAUGAGCAUCUGCUGGACAGUGAAGGGGAGUAUGUGCACUGGCUGGUGUGAGUAUUGCAAUAAUGAUAAUUAUAUUGUCAAACUUGUCAGUGGUUUAAAUAGUCUGGGGGUUGCCAACUCCUUCAACCACCAAUAUGAUGAUGAUUGAUUGAUUAGGAUGAUGAUGACCCUUUUUAGAUAAUCUGUUUUUAAUUUAUGAUGAUGAAUCAGAAAAUUAUUACACCUGUAAUUUCAAAUGACAACAAUCACAAAUUGGUUGCCAAAAAAAAAGCGAGUCAUUGACGUCCUCUCCUUGUUUCCAGUGGGAACAUCCCAGGCGGGGCUGUGAUGUCAGGAGAGGAGCUGUGUCAAUACCUGGCCCCGAUCCCCGCCAAGGGUACCGGCUUUCACCGCUUUGUCUACAUCCUGUUCAGACAGGAAGGAACCAUCGACUUCCAUGAAGACAUCCGACCGCCGCCAUGGUGAGGAACAGGACAUACACAAGUAUCACUCGCGCUCCAUGACAUCAAUCAUCAAUCAGUUUAUUCCAUAGGGUACCCAGACAGACGAACACACACAGUAACAUGCUCCCCCCCCCCCCUUCUCUGUUCCCCCAGUGUGUCUCUGUCAGAGCGGAGCUUUAAGACGGUAGAGUUCUACAGGAAGCACCAGGACAGCAUGACUCCAGCAGGCCUCUCCUUCUUCCAGAGUCAGUGGGACCAGUCUGUUACCAACACCUUCCAUAACACACUCGGUAAGUACACACACAACCUUUGGGAAUGUUGCCGGUAAUUUAAUAUUUGCAAAUGUAUACUGAACAAAAAUAUAAACGCAACAAUUUCAAUGAAUUUACUGUGUUACAGUUCAUAUCAGUCAAUUGAAAUAAACAAAUUAGGCCCUAAUGUAUGGAUUUCACAUUACCGGGCAGGGGCGCAGCCAUGGUUGGGCCAGGGAAGGCAUAGGCCCACCCACUGGGGAGCCAGGCCCAGCCAUUCACAAUGAGUUUUUCCCCACAAAAGGGCUUUAUUACAGACAGAAAAAAUACUCAGUUUCAUCAGCUGUAUGGGUGGCUGGUCUCAGACGAACCCGCAGGUGAAGAAGCCGGAUGUGGAGGUCCUGGGCUGGUGUGGUUACACGUGGUCUGCGGUUGUGAGGCCGGUUGGAAGUACUGCCAAAUUCUCUAGAACUACGUUGGAGGCUGCUUAUGGUAGAGAAAUGAACAUUCAAUUCUCUGGCAACAGCUCUGGUGGACAUUCCUGCACUCAGCAUGCCAAUUGCACACUCCCUCAACUUGAGACAUCUGUGGCAUUGUGUUGUGUGACAGAACUGCACAUUUUAGAGUGGCCUUUUAUUGUCCCCAGCACAAGGUGCACCUAUGUAAUGAUCAUGCCGUUUAAUCAGCUUCUUGAUAAACCACACCUGUCAGGUGGAUGGAUUAUAUUGGCAAAGGACAAAUGCUCACCAACAGUGAUAUAAACAAAAUUGUGCACAGAAUUUGAGAGAAAUAAGCUUUUUGUGCGUAUGGAAAAUGUCUGGGAUCUUUUAUUUCAGCUCAUGAAACAUGGGACCAAAUACUUCACAUGUUGCGUUCAUAUUUUUGUUCAUUAUACUUUGGUAUACACUCAUUGCAAUGUGUGUGCUGUGGCAUCUUGUCUCCAUUGCAGCUCAGCGGUUGAAGACAUGUCUCUUACAAGACAAUCGUGGACCUUGAGUAAUGCUCUUUCUGGGAAAGGUUUAGUGUGGGGAUUUAAUUGUGUGGGUGAUUUUGUGAUAAGUAUCCUUAGACUACUGGAUCUGAAGGAUGGGCAGGUUGGGGGAGUUCUAUCUUAUCCCGAGAGGUGACGUCAUCGGUUAUAAUGCCGUAAUGGGUUGAUCGCCUUCCGGAGGAAGUCAACAUGGGGCGUGUUCAACAUUGGAGCCGACAGUGCAGACAACUGCUGCCGACUGACUGUCACUGACCAUUUACCCACAACGCAUCAUGGAUUUGAUGCUCUCGAACACUGUAGGCCAUGUUUGAGAGCAUGAAAAUCGUGAUGUAUCAUGGGUAAAUUGUGACUGACUGACUGAUCUACAAACAAUAUUGAGCAGUUUAUGAUGCAAGGUGAUUUAUAGAUCAGUCAGUCUCGACUCCCCAUUUAAGUCGGCUGCAAUGUCGAACGCGCCCAUCGUCUUUUCUCUCGGGAGGUCAUCAGGGGGGACUGACGAGAUUCACCCAUCCUCUCUCUCUUCGUCCCUCAGACAUGAAAGAGCCAGUGUUUGAGUUUGAGCGGCCUCCUGUGUACCACCCUCCUCAGGUGAAGUACCCUCAUGGACAGCCCCUACGGUACCUGGACAGGUACCGAGACGGACAGGAACACACCUACGGAAUCUACUGAUGUGUACAAUCUGUAUGGAGUUAAUACAAUAAAGC